UCAGCGCCGGAGAAGCCUCUGCUCAGCCUCAGAGCCAGGGCGGCCAGGGCAGCUCCAGGGCACCGAAGUCCCUUUCUCUCCCUCACGUCCUAUCAUCCGCUCUCUGCCGGACACAGUAGAGGACUUGGGGCCUCGCUGGCCAGCCGGUUGCCAUCCUCAGCACAAAUUGGAGCUCUGGGCUCUUGCUGGGACCGUCCCAGGCCACAGCCCGGCUGCCUGACUUCCUGCUGCUCCUGCUGGGUGAUGGAGACCCUGACCCCAGCCACCGUCCAGGGCAGGGCCCUCUGGGCUCUCCUCCUGGCCACACUUGGUUCCACAGCCAGCCAGCCACUGGGGGGAGACUCCGUGUGCACGGCCCGGCCCCUGGCCAAGUACAGCAUCACCUUCACGGGCAAGUGGAGCCAGACCGCCUUUCCCAAGCAGUACCCGCUGUUCCGGCCACCUGCGCAGUGGUCCUCCCUGCUGGGGGCAGCACACAGCUCUGACUACAGCAUGUGGCGGGAGAACCAAUAUGCCAGCAACGGGCUGAGGGACUUCGCCGAGCGGGGCGAGGCCUGGGCCCUGAUGAAGGAGAUCGAGGCGGCUGGAGAAAAGCUUCAGAGUGUCCAUGAGGUGUUCUCAGCACCCGCCGUGCCCAGCGGCACGGGGCAGACCUCUGCGGAGUUCGAGGUCCAUGCCAGGCACUCGCUAGUGUCCUUUGUGGUCCGAAUUGUCCCCAGCCCUGACUGGUUUGUGGGAGUGGACAGUCUGGACCUGUGUGACGGGAGCCGCUGGAGGGAGCAGGUCACCGUGGACCUUCACCCUCAUGAUGCUGGGACAGACAGUGGCUUCACCUUCUCCUCCCCCAACUUUGCGACUGUCCCUCAGGACACAGUGACCGAGAUAACAUCCUCCUCUCCCAGCCACCCCGCAAACUCCUUCUACUACCCACGGCUGAAGGCCCUGCCCCCCAUCGCCAGGGUAACCCUGGUGCGGCUUCGGCAGAGCCCUAGGGUCUUCGUCCCCCCGGCCAUGGACCUGGCAGGCAGGGGCAAUGAGAUCUUGGACAGCCUCUCAGUUCCAGAAACGCCACUGGACUGCGAGGUCUCCCUAUGGUCCUCCUGGGGGCUGUGUGAAGGUCCGUGCGGAAAGCUGGGAGCCAAGAUCAGGACUCGCUAUGUCCGUGUGCAGCCUGCCAACCAUGGGGCACCCUGCCCCGAGCUGGAAGAGGAGGCGCAGUGCAUCCCUGACAACUGUGUGUGAGCCCCGAGCCCACACCCCUCAACCGUGGCUGGCGGGCCCAGUCCUCUGGGUUGGGGCCACACUGCAAGCAGGCCGAGCCGGCAGCUUUACAACCUCUGCGCUGCACUGCUGACCAACCCCUCUGCACAGCUGUGCCCGGGGCCGGAGGGGACGUCAGGAAUAGGCACCUCCUUUCUGCAAGUCCUCCCUCAUGGCCCCACAUUCCAAGGUCCACUCUCGUGGAGACUCACAGUCUGCCCUAAAUCACGCCUGGUGUACUGACCACCAUGUGGGCCGUGGUCCUCCAUGCAGAGGGCCUGAGCACAGUGCCUGGCCGGUGCCCUGCAGAACAGCCACGCACCCCAGGCCCAGGAGCCCGAGCCCCACGCGCUUGCUGUGAAAUACCUCGGUCCUGGUGCCCAGGCAGCUGCUGGCAAAGGAGCCCUGAGCCUAUGCUUGAUCCUCAGAGCAAGGCUGCCCUGGGCGCUUGCUGCUCCUGGCAUCCAAGCAGGUGAUGCCAUAGGAGGUAAACAAAGGGGGCAGGCUGGGACACCUCACCUGGCAUCGUCAUUGUACUGAUCUGUGCACUUGA